AUGCGUUAUUCUAUCAGCUCUGUUGUUUCUGCGCUCUCAUUGGCCUCUGUCCUUGGGGGCGUGGGUGCCGUUCCUGUGGCGGAUACAUGUCGGAACCCAAUUGUGCGCAAGGAAUGGAGAACACUAAAGAACUCCGAAAAGGCGAGCUACAUCACCGCCGUAAAGUGCCUACAAACAACCCCCUCCAUUGCCACCGCAACAAUCCCAAACGCAAUCAGCCGGUUCGACGACUUCCAGGGCGUGCACAUCCAGCGGACCUUCCAGAUCCACUUCGUCGGCCACUUCCUAGCCUGGCACCGCUACUACGUCGCUGCCUACGAAAAGGCCCUCCGCGAAGAAUGCGGCUAUACCGGCGCACAGCCAUACUGGGACUGGACACUGGACUCCGCCGACUUCCUCUCCUCGCCACUCUGGGACCCAACCACGGGCUUCGGCGGCAACGGGGCGCCCAUCCCCGCUACUAACAACAGCUUUGCCGUUCCUGGCGCAACAGGCGGCGGAUGUGUCACUGACGGGCCAUUCGUGGACUUCCGCCUCCACCUCGGACCUGGGGACUCGCUGAACGCGACGAGCAGAUGCCUCACGAGGGGGUUCAGCCCCGUCAUUGCGGCGAACUUCUCGAAUACGGCGAAGGUGGACCGCGCGCUGGCGCAGGUGGAUUUUGGCUGGUUUGAUAAGAUAGUAGAAGGAGAAACGAACUUUGUGAAUGUGGGGAUUCAUGGCGGAGGGCAUUACUCGAUUGGUGGGGAGGCGGGGGAUCUGUAUGCUAGCCCGGGAGACCCGGUCUUCUACCUCCACCACGCAAACCUCGACCGCGUCUACUGGCUGUGGCAGUCGCAAAACCUCGCUACGAGACUCCUCGAUAUCUCGGGGUCCGUCGAGCUGCUUGGGCCUAUAACGGGCCCGAAUGUGACGCUGAGUUUCCCGAUUGAGAUGGGCCCGUUGGCGAAGAACAUCACCGUGAGGAACCUGAUGGACAUCCAGGGAUUGGCGGCGGGGACGGGACCGCUGUGUUAUGAGUAUGCGGAUAGCCCGGCUGUGGAUGAUGAUGAGGAUGAGGAUGAGAAUGAUAAGUGUUGA